AAUGUGUUUUAUUUGCGGGCACGUAAGAGUUUAUCGGUAAAUGAUUAACAUUGUUUGGUUAUUGGUUGAACUGUUAGAUCUCACCCUUAUAAGUAUUGUGGGGAUAUCGAUAACAAUACAGUGAUGGUAUAUCAAAUGGCAGGACCAUUUACAGAAGUCAUAACUGUUACUUACGAAAUGAACCCUGGUCUUUGUUAGUAAAACUUUGGUAAUCGUGCUUAUUUGCCAGAUUGAUUACCAUUUUUUACUAUAGCAGUAUCGUGGUUAAACUGUGGUCACUGUAGUAAUACUAUGUGAUGGAGUUUCCCGAGGGGUUCAGUCAGCUUGACCUGCUGGAGUCUCAUGGCCAGAUGAUCCCGGUGGGGACGAAGAGCGGAUGGGAGGAAGAAGGCGAUGAGGAGGAUGAAGGCUGCCAAACCGAGGAGUGGUAUCAGGAACAAGAGCUCAAAUUACAAGACAACCCCACUGAACGGAUAUUAUGGGCUGCUGAGAGGAAUAGAUUAGCCACAGUAGAACAUCUCCUUGCGUCAGACACAACCCUUGCUAAUUGUCAUGAUAGUGAUGGUUACACCCCUCUACACCGCGCUGCCUACGGUGGACAUUACGCUGUGGUCUCGGCUCUUCUAGAUGCCGGAGCAGAUCUUCACACGAGAACGACGGACGGUUGGACGCCACUACAUAGCGCCUGUUGCUGGGGUCACACCGCCGUGGCUUCCUGUCUUUUGAGGCGAGGAGCAGAGGUCAAUGCCAUGACCGCGGGCAACCUCACACCCCUGCAGCUGGCCGCAGGAAAUGCUGCAGCAGGUCAGACUAUUGAGCUGUUGCUGUCACACCGCACCCUGCAGACAGGAUUGAAAAACAGCGCGGGAGAGACGGCGUAUGACAUCGCACGCCGCACGAGUGCACAUCACAGGCUGUUUGAGAUGGCGGCGCCUUGUAAUAACAUCUGCUGACACCAAUGUGUGGACAUUCAGCUUCUGAUCAUUAAGCUGAAACAUAUGAAUGAAUCUUGAUGUGGUUCAUUAAUGGAUAGUUGGAACUGUUAAAGGGACAAAAAUAUAAAUUCUGUCAUCAUUGACUCACUUUCAUGUCAUUGUACAGCUGUAUGAGUUACUUUCUUCUGCGAAACAAAAAAGAAGAUAUUUUGAAGAACGCUGGUAACCGAACAACAUUGGUCCCCAUUGACUUCCAUUGUGUGGACACAAAAUCACAGAGACAUUUCUCAGAAUAUCUUCUUUUGUGUUCCACAGAAGAAAGAGUCGGAUAUAGGUUUUGUAUCACAUUAAGGUAAAUAAACGAUGACAGAUGUUUUGCUAACUAUCCUUUAAAUUAAAAUGCACAUAAUAACAAAUACUAAAUAAAUAACUUGACAUUUUAAUACUGUUGCUGCAUAACACCUCAAAUACAAUUAUACAAAACAACUACCAGAUAAUGCACUUUAUUUUAGGUUGUCAACAUCUUAUUGCAGUGUAAUUACACAAAUGAGAAAUAUAAACUCACAUGUACUUACUGUAAUGAUAGGUUUGGUUGCUUGGAAUUAUGCACAAUUUACGGUUAAUACUGUAGUAAGGACAAAAACCAGACAAGCCUUUUGACUGACAGAAAAAAUGUGAUAACCCAGCAACACAAUCUUGACAUCAGGUGGCUCAUGAACAGUAAAUAAAAACAGAUCCGCAUGCAGUAACUUCACAUACCUGUAUAUAAACAUACACAUAGAAGUUUGACCCCUGAAAAGCCGGUCAAAGUCUAUGUGCCCCAGGGAAUGCUGGGUAGAAGAUUUUUCUAGAUGCUGCACAUGUUCCCUGAUGCUAACUGAACUACACGCCCUGCAUUGGAACGUGCAUACUUAACUACAACAUACUAAGCAAAAUUACUGUAGUAUAUCAUACAAAAACAGCAUGCAAAAAAAUUCCAGUUGGCUCACGACUUCUGCUGAGAUGGUAGAUUUACCGAUCACACGACAAACAUGAUAGAUGUAGUAUACUCGAAAUGUAUUCAUUCUACACUUUAGGGCUGUGCGAUGUUAAAGAAAAAUGUGAGAUAUAAGUUGCUAAAUAUUGCGAUACGAUAAGUCUGUAAAAUCAAUUUAAACUAUCAAAAUUUAAAAAACGAAAAUGAUACAACUAAUAUAGCCUACAUUUUUUUACAUUCUAAUUAUUGAUCGUCUUCUACAAAUCAGUUCCUGCUAUCUGCAGCAUAUUUAAACUUUGAUUAAGCAUAACUUUUUGAAUUUUUUUAAUGAUUUGGUUAUUGCAAAAUAUUGCGAUUAUGCACAUUUGCAAUAUUCCAAAACUUGUGAUAUGUUGUGCAGCCCUACACACAUAUGCAUGUUAAUUGUACAUGCACUCAAAACAAAUGGUGGGUUAUUUUCAGCCCAGCAUUGGGUCAAAAAGUGGCAAACCUAACCGUUGGGUUGUAAAAUAACCUAAUCCAACAUUUUUUAGAGUCUACUGUAUGGUUGGUGAGCACUGCGUUGCCAACUGUUUGCAAAGUACCUAAAACCUUCUCAAAGUCACUAAAUGUCAUCAGAUGACGUCGUGCUCUUAUGAUGCUGUCUGGUCAUAUUUCCAUUCUGUCUAGCGUCGGCACUUUACAUGCUUUGAUUCUUUCCUAUUCUCUGUCCUCACAAAUUUAAACCGUUGAAUAAAGCCCAAUAAAGUUGUUCACUUGUAUGUGCACUACUAAAAAGUUUGCCUGAAACUCGCUUGAUUUGUCGCUAUGCGCUUUUUUAAAGUUGCUAUAUGUAGCAACAAGGUUGCUAAGCUGGUGUAUAAGAUUCACUGGUUACUACAGAAACAAUACUAUUUCUGCUGUAUUGAAAGUUUAUGGUUCCUCCCAAUAUAACAUUUUGAGCAUGAUAAUUAUCUCUGGGUAAUUAGCUCGCUGAUUUAAUUACGAAUAAUUAUGAAGGGAAAGUUAAUGUUCAAGUUUCCAG